AUGGAGGAAACCAUUUUUCUUCAAAACUUUGAAAACAUCAACGAGGAGAGCCUCCCCUCGCCACUCAUCCGCCACUCGGCGGACUGUCGGGGGGUUAACUCUGCGCGAGGGAAGGCACGGGGAAGGGCACAAUCGGGACAACGCCACGGAGGUGAAGGCCUAGCGGAGGACCAAAUGGACGACCAAUUGGCCAGCGGUUUGACCAGCCAAUCAGACCCCGCCGCCCCAGAAAGAAGCUAUCUCUGCAUCAAUGCGAACGCCUUCAAUGGGAAGUGCUACCGCAAGCAGAUCCCCAUCAUAGACGAUAUCCACCUCCGCUUCUCCCUGGGCGAGUCCUUGGCCUACCUUCUCAACGCCUACUUGCGGAAGGGGCUCAUCCAGAGGGCCCUCUACAACAAAAUGGUGCACUCCUUCCAAGUGGCCAUCAUCGCGAAGCUCCGCCAACUGAAGGAGUCCAGAAGCAACAAGUGGACCAUCAAGGGAAGACUCAUCAACUUCAAAAAAGAAAACAACGUCCAGCUGCUGUACGUGGAGGACGCCGUCCUGUCCUUGGGAAAAUUUGUCUUACAUGUCCCCCUUCUCAAAAUGAAGUCGAUCGAUUUGUAG